CAAACACAGACCCAAAUCGAUCGAAAUGCCCCUCUCCCUGACCUCAUGGCUUUACGACCUUGCCUUCCUGAUCCUCCUGCCUCUGCUCCUCCUACCCCUCAUCUACCUGCUGUACCAGCGCCGCCAUGAUCCCUGCAAGAAGCAGCCUCGCGGAGAUGAUGACCUCAAGGCCUACCCACUCCUCGGGAGGCUCCCACACCUGGUCAGGAACCAGCACCGCUUAGCCGAAUGGUCGGUCGGCGUCGUGAAGCGAAGCCCGACGCAUACCGCGUCCUUCAAAGCCGCCGGCCUGCCCGGCGUCGUCAUCACCGCCAACCAGGAGAAUCUCGAGCACGUAGCCAAGACAAGCUUCGCCAACUACCCCAAGGGCGACUACAUGCUAUCCAUGAUCAGGGACCUGCUCGGCCACGGCCUCUUCAACUCCGACGGCGACCAGUGGCUGUGGCAGCGCAAGGCCGCCAGCUACGAGUUCAGCAAGCGCUCGCUGAGGAAGUUCAUCGCCGACACCGUCCGGUCCGAGGUCGUCGACCGGCUUCUACCGCUGCUGGAGCAGGCCGCGCGCCAUGGGCGCACUCUGGACAUGCAGCGCGUCUUCGAGUCCUUCGCCUUCGACAACAUCUGCCACGUGGCCUUCGGCGAGGACCCGGCGUGCCUCGCCGAGGAGGGCACGGCCACGCCGCCGCAGGCCUCGGAGUUCAUGCGCGCCUUUGACGACGUCCAGAACGCCAUGGUGGCCCGUUUCCGGCCGCCGGAGAGCUUGCUGUGGCGUCUGAAGCGGAUGCUCGACAUAGGGUCCGAGAGGCAGGUCCGCCAGGCGCUCGACAUCGUCCACGGCUACGCCGACAUGAUCGUCCGAAGGUGCAGGGAGAGAGGAGAGAGCAGGGACGACUUCCUAGCGCACUUAGUUGCCGCUCGCGGGGAUCUCAGCAAAGAGAGCCUCCGGGACGUGGUCACCAACUUCCUCCUUGCUGGGCGCGACACGACGUCCUCCGCGCUGACAUGGUUCUUCUGGCUGGUCUCCGGCCGGCCUGACGUCGAGGACAAGAUCGUGCGUGAGGUCCGCACACUGCUGCGCGGAUCACCAAGAUCGUCCUCAAGCCAUGGCGGCGGCACGGGCACGACGACGACGACGACGUUCGGCUUGGACGAGCUCCGGGAAAUGCACUACAUCCACGCCGCCAUCACCGAGUCGAUGCGGCUGUACCCACCGGUGGCCAUGGGCAUGCACUCCAGCAAGCGGGAUGACCACCUGCCGGAUGGCACGUUCGUCGGGAAAGGGUGGCUGGUGAACCACUCCAUGUACGCCAUGGCACGGCUGGAGAGCUUAUGGGGCAAGGAUUGUGAGGAGUUCAGGCCGGAGAGGUGGCUCCGGGAAGACGACACGUUCCAGCCAGAGAGCCCGUCGAAGUACCCCGUGUUUCAUGUGGGGCCAAGGAUGUGCCUCGGCAAGGAGAUGGCCUACAUCCAGAUGAAGUCUAUCGUGUCCUGCGUGUUCCAGAGGUUCAGCUUCCAGUUCCUUGGCGGUGAGGAGCGCCCUAGGCUAGACUUAUCCUUCACGCUGCGGAUGAAAGGCGGUUUGCCGAUGCAAGUGACCAAGCGGCCGGGAGAAGCUGCUCUAGGCUAGCAUAAAGGAAGGAGGGAGUAUCAAUUGUUGUUGUGAGUCACUCACUCCCAGGGGCGAAUCCAGCAGCAAGUCAAGAGGGGGCUCA